AUGGUAACGGCUAAACGUGCGCGAUCCAACACUGUUGGAGAUGCCCAUACCAACCCGGCUUCAGAUGAAGUCAUCGAAAUUCCAAAGCCGAAAUCUGUCGCCACUAUCCUUCGGCUGGCAGCCGAAACCCACCCCGACGUCCUGGGGAAGAUAGACAAUGCCAUUCACGUUAUCCAAGAAAGGGAGCGAAAGCGCGUCGUCAACUUCGAUCAUCUUUCGAGUUCAGUCUGGAAGGAGAUCAAUAUCACGUACAGGUCCAUGCGUGGUGGACAGCAGUACGAUAUCGCAUUUGAUGUCGCGCAGUCAGUCGUUGAAACCAUCCAAUCGAUUACACGACAGUGUGGGCCUUUAACAAACCCCCAGACGCGCCUCAAUGGACUCUCUGUGCUGCGCAAGAUUGGAAAAACGAUCGCGCUUUCUUCUACUGAUACACUGGGCCAUGAGGUGCAAAAGACCUUCCAAUACGACGCCUCUCUUGUGGAAGGGAUGUUGGACAUCCUCUGGAACAUGGAAGAAGAGGAAAUUGAAGCGAUCAGAAACGAUGCUUCGGCUCCUAAUUCUCUGUUGUCAAAACUGGAGGAACUGGAAGUAUUGUCCCGUGAUUAUUGCAUCCAUCCAGGCUUCGAGCAAGUGUUGAGUACGUUGGAUGGAGCUGGCGAUGAAAACGAUGAAGACGGUGAAGACGAUGAAAUUGAUGAAAAUGAUGAAAACGAUGAAAACGAGGAAGACUUGGAGGAAAUCCAUGAAUAG